GUUCCCACUCUUGCCAUUACGACUCGUGCCAUUGAAAGAGAGAUUAGAUAGCCUUAACUCACUUGGAGAGAAGAGGAUCGUUCUACACCUUUUCGUGACCACCGAGAGUGAUCCAACAAAAAUCAAGAGGGAGAAUCCAAUUAGAUUUAACUUCAAGAGAGAUCAUGGCCAUCCACCACGAAACUUGGGCUUUCAUUUUUGGCCUUCUAGGCAACGUAAUCUCCUUUAUGGUCUUCCUUGCUCCAUUACCUACUUUUUACCAAAUCUACAAGAAGAAAUCCACGGAAGGGUUUCAAUCACUGCCUUAUAUUGUUGCACUGUUUAGUUCAAUGUUGUGGAUAUAUUACGCACUCGUCAAAAAGGAUGCUAGCCUCCUUCUCAUUACCAUUAACACUUUUGGAUGUGUGAUUGAAACAAUUUACCUUGUAAUCUUUCUAGUUUACGCCCCAAACAAAACCAGGCUAUUGACCAUCAAGCUUCUUCUGUUGUUGAAUGUGUUUGGGUUCGGAGCGAUGCUUCUUUCGACACUCUACCUUACAACAGGAUCCAAACGUCUUUCUAUCAUAGGAUGGAUUUGCCUGGUUUUUAACAUAAGCGUUUUUGCUGCUCCUCUCUGCAUCAUGAAACGUGUUAUCAAGACGAAGAGCGUGGAAUUCAUGCCUUUCAGUUUAUCCUUCUUUUUGACCUUAAAUGCUGUCAUGUGGUUCUUCUAUGGUCUUCUUCUCAAGGACUACUACAUCGCUCUCCCAAAUACACUUGGAUUUGUAUUCGGCAUAAUUCAGAUGGUGCUGUAUUUGAUUUAUAGAAACGCUAAGAUACCGGAACCAACAAAGUUGCAGGAACUAAAUGGAGGUCAUAUUAUUGACGUUGUGAAAAUGAGCACAAUGGUACCCUCCGAGCCAAAUCAUGUUGCAAGAAGUGAUGUUGUGACUGAAACAGUUAGCAAUGUGUGAUUAGUUAAGCAAUGAACAAGUCCAAAGAGAGAGGGAAAAAAAAUGAAGUGCCAUGAUAUUAAACCUUAGAGUACAAUUACUUUAAUUACUUUGCCAAGUGGGGCCUCUUUUCAACGUAGUUUGGUGUUUAGGGUUCUUCUUUUGAUCAAUGUAUUGCUGUAUUAUGUUUUUAUGAGUCUAUUUAAUUGGCCUCUUCCAUCACUCUCACUAGUGAAACGUGUAGUAUCUCCUCUUCUUUCUGUGUUCCAAAGUCAAACUCGUCAAUUCUCUCUUUCCUUGUACGCGUAAUCUUUGUUCAUGUUAAGGGAAUUGAUUAUUUUUACUGAUUACGCAA